CCCGACCCUCCUCGCUGCGCCCUCUCUUCCCCUCCCCCCUCCAGCCCCCCGGAGCCCGGGCUCGGGCGCCAUGCGGCGGGCGCCAGGGCCCCCUCGGGGUCUGCGGCUCCUGGUGCUGCUGCUCCUGCUGCGGCCGCCGCCCUCGCGCGCCCCGAACCCCGCAGCGCAGGCCGUGAGCCUGGGCGUGGACUGGCUGACACGCUAUGGCUACCUGCCGCCACCGGAUCCUGCCCAGGCCCAGCUGCAGAGUUCUGCCAAGCUGCAGGAUGCCAUCAGGCUUAUGCAGAGGUUUGCUGGGCUGCCUGAGACAGGCUCCCUGGACGCAAUGACCAUAGAAGCCAUGCAAAAGCCACGCUGCUCGCUGCCCGAUGUCCUGGGGUCUGCAGGGCUGGUUAGACGCCGUCGCCGCUACGCCCUCAGCGGGAGCGUGUGGAAAAAGCGGACGCUGACGUGGAGGGUGCGGUCCUUCCCCCAGAGCUCCCAGCUGAGCAGGGACACGGUGCGCUACCUCAUGGACACCGCCCUGGGCGUCUGGGGCAUGGAGUCCAGCCUCAUGUUUCGGGAGGUCAGCUCCCAGGAGCCCGACAUUCUCAUCGACUUUGCCCGGGCCUACCACCAGGACAGCUACCCCUUCGAUGGACAGGGUGGCACGCUGGCCCAUGCCUUCUUCCCUGGGGAGCACCCCAUUUCUGGGGAUACUCACUUUGACGAUGAGGAGACCUGGACUUUUAGAUCAAAAGAUGGUGAUGGAAUCGACCUAUUUGCUGUGGCAGUUCAUGAGUUUGGCCAUGCCCUGGGGCUGGGCCACUCCUCUGCACCCAACUCCAUUAUGAGGCCCUUCUACCAGGGCCCAGUGGGCGACCCUGAGAAGUACCGCCUGUCCCAGGAUGACCGAGAAGGCCUUGUACAGCUCUAUGGGAAAGCAACACACACCCCAUAUGCCAGGCCGACAAGGAAGCCCCUGGGUCCCCCGCCCCAGCCCCCUGCCUUGCCCCCAGACAGCCCCUCCACACCUGUUCCUGAUAGAUGUGAAGGCAAUUUUGAUGCCAUUGCCAAUAUCCGUGGUGAAAUCUUCUUCUUCAAAGGCCCCUGGUUCUGGCGCCUGCAGCCCUCGGGACAGCUGGUGUCGCCCCGGCCCGCGCGGCUGCACCGCUUCUGGGAGGGGCUGCCGGCCCACGUGAGGGUGGUGCAGGCGGCCUACGCCCGGCCCCGCGACGACCGCAUCCUCCUCCUCAGCGGCCCCCAGUUCUGGGUGUUCCGGGACCGGCAGCUGGAGGGCGCGGCGCGGCCGCUGUCGGAGCUCGGGCUGCCGGCCGGCCUGGAGGCGGACGCCGCCUUCUCCUGGCCGCUCAACGGGAAGACCUACGUGAUCCGCGGCCGCCAGUACUGGCGCUACGACGAGGAGGCCGCGCGCCCGGACCCCGGCUACCCGCGCGACCUGGGCCUGUGGGAGGGCGCGCCGCCCGCCCCCGACGACGUCACCGUGGGCAACGCAGGGGACACCUACUUCUUCAAGGGCCUCCACUUCUGGCGCUUUCCGAAGGGCAGCGUCAAGGCGGAGCCGGACUCCCCGCAGCCCCUGGGGCCCGCGUGGCUGGACUGCCCCGCCCCGGAGCCCCCCAGGACCACGCUCAAGCCCGGAGCCUGCGACUGUCGGUGCGAGCUCAGCCGGGCCGCCGCGGGGCCGCGCGCCGCCCUCCUGCUGCCCCUCCUGCUCCUGCUGGCGGGGGGCGCCGCCGCCUGCUGAGCCGAGCAGCCCUUCCCCCACCCCACCCCGACACGCCCGUCGCCCGGACGGUGUGAGGUGCUAGCGAGCCCCGUCGCCGCGGUCCCCACCGCGGGAGCCCCGAGGGCAGCGGGCGGGCGGGCGGAUUCCUGCUGCAGCC